GUAUAUUGUAUGCAUUAUCACUUACAUGUCUUUAGUUGUGGUGGCAGGUCUUUAGUUGUGAACUUGUGAUAGGCAGGGCCUCCAUGUGUACCAGUGAGAUCCCAAAGGAUCAAACAUACAUGGAAGUUCUUAAGAAAUUGGCAGACUCUUUGCAUUGAAGCUAUGGAUUCUGAAGAACAGGUGUCCGUUCCAAUUCCAUCUCUCAUCAAAUACAUAUCCUCAAAUGAAGUGGUUGGUUUCGAUAAUGCUGAGGAGCAUACCAUUCCCAAUAAUACGCCUCUGCCAUCAGCUAAGGAAAUUGAGAUAGCUGCUUUAGAAAUUAGAGUUGAUGAAUAUGAACAACCAACUCAUCAAAGAAUCCACUCUGUUUCUAUUAGCAUGCCGCCAUCACCCAUGGGCGUUCAUUUAGAGAAAAUGAAUGGAAUUCUAUUCAGUCCUGAUGCAACAAUUUUCAAUAAUGGAAUUGUAGAUUCUUCUUCUGAAAAUAGAAGUGCUAGUAGUCGCAACCUUCCGGAGCCACCAAAAUUUCACUCUCAACCUUUGCCAAAUGGCCCUGCGUUUGAAGAUCAGGCAAUGCAUACUGGUCAAUCUGCCUAUCAUCCAAGUAUUGAAAGGCCACGAGAUAACAGGUUUGAUAAUUUCAAGACAUGGUCCGGGAAACUUGAAAGGCAGUUAACAAUGCUACGAGGAAAGACUCCGCGUAGAAGUGAUCAACCAGACAAUCCAUUUGCUCAAAGUACAGAUCAAGUUGAUCCUUUACCUGCAGACCGUUACUUUGAUGCAUUGGAAGGGCCAGAGUUGGACACUCUUAGGGCUUCAGAGGAAAUAAUGCUUCCAGAAGACAAGCAGUGGCCAUUUCUUCUCCGGUAUCCCAUUUCUGCAUUUAGCAUCUGCCUUGGUGUCAGCAGCCAAGCCAUUUUGUGGAAAACUCUUCCUACCUCGGCCUCCACAAAGUUUCUCCACUCGAGCUUGAUACCAAAUUUGGUUCUAUGGUGGAUUGCUGUCGCUACAUUAGUUGUUAUUGCUUUCAUCUACCUUCUCAAAAUCAUCUUCUACUUUGAAGCUGUUCGCCGCGAGUAUUUCCAUCCAGUUCGAAUCAACUUCUUCUUUUCCCCAUUUAUAGCCUUGUUGUUCUUAGCUAUAGGAGUGCCACCUUCCAUUUCUAGCAACCUCCAUCCAGCUCUUUGGUACGUCCUGAUGGCGCCGCUGUUAUGUCUUGAGCUUAAGAUCUACGGACAGUGGAUGUCAGGAGGGCAACGCCGGCUUUCAAAAGUAGCCAACCCUGUUAACCACCUCUCCAUUGUUGGCAACUUUGUAGGGGCUUUGCUAGGUGCUUCAAUGGGGCUAAGAGAAGGACCAAUAUUCUUUUUUGCUGUUGGUAUGGCUCAUUAUAUGGUCUUGUUUGUGACACUGUACCAGAGACUUACCACAAAUGAGACAGUAAUCCCUAAGGAGCUACAUCCUGUGUUCUUUCUGUUUGUUGCUGCACCAAGCGUUGCUUCAAUGGCGUGGGCAAGAAUCCAAGGUUCCUUUGAUGUGGGCUCGCGGAUUGGUUACUUCAUUUCCAUGUUCCUUUAUCUCUCACUGGCAAUCCGAAUCAAUUUUUUCCGAGGAUUCAAGUUCUCAUUGGCUUGGUGGGCAUACACUUUUCCGAUGACUGGUGCUGCCGUUGCUACCAUCAGGUACUCGAAUGAAGUGACGAAUAUAGGAACUCAAACUUUGGCUGUCAUACUAUCCAUCAUCGCCACGCUCGUGGUUACUGCUCUCUUCAUAACAACCGUCCUGCAUGCCUUUGUGCUCCAAGACCUCUUCCCCAACGACCUUGCCAUUGCCAUCAGCGACAGAAGCCCAAAUAAAUCACGUAAAAAGUGGUUUCAUCUAAUAAGAGGAACCUCUUCGGAUUCAAAAGAUAUUGAGAAUUUCUUAAAGACAGCAACAAGCGCAGAUAAAACUGAGUUGGAAGUUAAAACAGUCAUUGAAUCUGCCAGUAAGAUUUAGCUAGCUACUUGCACAUGCGAGGAACAGAAGUUACCAAAUUUCCCAGUUCCAGUGAACAUGUCAAAUCUAGCAUAUGUAUAGAGUAGCAUUUCUUUUAGGGGCGGUUGUUCUCGAGGGUUACGUUUGUAUGUUUACUCUUUCUUCAUCGAUAAAAAGCUACCAAGCUCUAG